AAUGAUACAUUGCAAUUUGCUUGAUUAAAAAAAUUUCGAAAUUGUGACUAGAAGUAGAACAAUAAUAAAACACCGUGACGACACGAUACCGAAAUAUUGAAAACCUCUGGCAUAGAAAUGCAAUUGAUCAUCCUCGAAAUAUCAUUACACAUACUUUAUAAUAGUCAUAUUAUUAUUAAUAAUGAAUCAACACUAUGGUGAAAAAGGUCGAAUUUGUAAAGCGUGUUCAGAGUUCAAAAAUUUAAUGAAAUCAAAUAUUUCAUCCUCAAAUCCUAAUAUAAUUACUCAUACUAAACGGGAUGAUUGCCCUUUAGAUGUUAAUGAAUUAGGCAAGGUGUCUUGGUCUUUUUUGCACACUUUAGCAGCCUAUUACCCUAAAGAACCAUCAAACGAGGAUAAAAAAGAUAUGGAGACUUUUAUAAAUUUAGUUGCCAAAUUUUACCCUUGUGACAUAUGUGCAGAGGAUUUCAAAAAUCAGAUAAAAAGGAAUUUUCCCAAGCUAAAAUCUCAGUUUGAUUUAUCAAUGUGGUUAUGUCAAAUUCAUAAUGAAAUAAAUGAGAGGCUAAACAAACCCAGAUUUGAUUGCUCUAAAGUUUUUCAAAGAUGGAGGGAUGGUUGGAAUGAUAAAUCUUGUGAUUGAUUAUUUUAGUUAUAUAUGAAUUUUUAAUUUUAUAAAAUUUUUAUAACCAAUUAGUUAUAUGAAAAAAUAUAUAAAUUAUUUGUUCAUAUAUUAGCAGUUAUAAAGUUUAUUUUGUAUAAUAAAAUUCUUAUAAAUUUAA